AAUGAUAAACGGGAGAAAAAAUGAAUUGAGUGGUGGAUCAGUUUUGUACCUGAUUCGUGGUCCGUUGUGUGCCGAUCGAUCGAAGGUAGUGCCAGGAAGAAAAGAAAGAAGGAAAAUAAAAGACUGGAGGGCAAGCUGGCGAGAAUUGGAGAGAAGUUAUACCCUCUCGACCCCGGGUGGUAGCAGCCCCGUUUGUUGCCCGCCGUGCAGCCCACCGCCCGCACCGGCCGCAUACAUAUCGAGCGCACGUGCGUCCUCGCGGAGACUCGCCGCCGCAACUGGAGGCCCGCCGUCCCCGGAAAGGGAUCCUCUCGGAAGACUGUUAAGAUUCCUGAAGUCCUUCUACAGGGAACUAGGCACUCGUGAUCCACCCCAUUUGCCGGGAUGGGCGUCGCCUCUUCCACUCGGCACCCUUUGUCCGGCGCACUUCCAGCCGCACCUGCAGCUGCUGCACAAAGGCGAGCAGGAGCACAGGCUCGAGAACAUCAAGCCCGACCAGAUCUUCGCCCCCGUCAGGCUGAGCGACGGCACGGUGUCGGAAGCGCCACGCCGCGUGGCCAUCGAGGGAGGUCCCGGAAGUGGAAGGACCACACUCUGCCUCCGGCUUCUCCACCAGUGGGCGAUCCAAGGCGACAGCCCGGCUCUGGCGUUCAUCGUUCCCCUCCGUGAACUUCGAGGCAGCCCGGUGCUGAAUUACUUGGCCCGAGAAUUAUUCCCGAGGACGGCGGCGAUCGGCGACGCGAUGGCGCAAGUGUGGCGCACGUUGCACUUAAUGGAGGACCGUGUGCUGUUUAUUCUGGACGGGUACGACGAGUGCGUGGGAGGCAGAGCGUCCCUGGGCGACGCGAUAGACCUUCUCGAGGGACGUUUGUUCCCGGACGCGAGGAUUCUGGUCACUUGCUCGCCGAGCAACUCGGCCGUACUGUCGCCUCUGGUUCAAAGGAGGAUCCAUCUGGCCGGGCUCGAGUGGCCCCACGUCGAGAGGCUCUGCGUCGCGUAUUUCAUCCACAACGACAUCGCCGAGAAGGCCUGCGAGUUCCUCGAAGCGCUGAACGUACAGCCACAGGCGGUGAAACAGCUUGGUCAGCACCCUCUCGGCUGGAUCAUGCUCUGCUGUCUCUACCAGGAUUCAGGAAGCUUGCCGACGGAGACCAGCGCGCUGGUUCAAGCGGCUGUGAAGUGUAUCGUGAAGAGGAGCCUGGACCCACCAGUCCCGUACAACGAGGAGAUCCCGGCUCAUUGCAGGAAGCGACUGGAGGAUUUCGGUAAGGUGUCUCUGGCCGCGCUGAGAGAGGGCAAGUGUUGCUACACCGAGGCUGAACUCCGGGCCAGAGGCGGCGGCGUGGAAGUUACCAGGCUAGGUUUCCUGACCAAGGGGCUGACCUUCGGGCAACGACGGAAGCCAGACUUGUACACGCCGAUUCACAUGGCCGUGGCUGAAUUCCUAGCGGCGUACUACCUAACCUCCGUGGCUCAGUACGCCAAUAUCCUUCGAAGGGAGUUGGAGGGGCUGCCCUCGGGGAUCAUUGGUCAUCUGGCUGGUUUGCUGGGACCCAAGACGCAUUUGAUACUGAACCAGCUGUGCCCGCUCGAGGUACCGCCGCGAGCGGUGUUUUCGUUGCUGAAAGCGGCCGGUGCCUCGGACGGGAACAUAUCCGCGGUGUGCAGAUUGGUCGGCGCUGGGCCUGGAUUCGGUCCAGCGCCCAACGAGAGGCCCCCGGCGCCUCUGGUGCACACUUCGCCGCUGGAGCUCGAAGGAUGGGCGAGGAUCCUCGAGAGUCCGGCGUGCACCCUCGAAGCGUUGGAGGUGGUGUUCCAGGUGGAACGGGGCUCCGAUCCCAGAUACCUGGACGACUUUUUCGAAGCCCUGGCCGGCAACGAGAGCGUAAAACUCGUGAGAAUCACGUCGCUCCUUGGCCAAGAGUUCCCCGCGGACGAGGCGCAGAAGUUGGCCGGACACUUGAAGAGCGUCCUCGGCAAGAAGAAGCUGAACGACUUCGAGCUGGUUAUAACCUGUCUGGAGGAAGCGGCGCACGAUAGUCAAGAGGCGGCGCUUUUACGCUUGCCUUUUCCAAAGGCGAAAAACUACGCGAGUUCGAAGACGAAAGGUUCGCUACGCGAGGAGACGUCGCCGGCAAGUUUUCCCGUAAGCAUCCGUCGGCGCUUCACGCGGGUUGCUCUUUCUUCCGAAUGCUCGAACCGAAACGCUCCUCCGGAUAUCGGAGCAGAGGUGUUCAAAAGCUCGGGGCAGCCGAGAGAUCGAGAGAAAUGGCUGCGAGAGAUACUACCUGGCUGGCGCACUCGAUCGCGUUGUUCGAUCGCGUCGAGUGCUGCACGUGAGAGAAAAGUAGUCGCGAUGUGCUUCACGGCGUUUGUUCCACCUCCCCGAUUGCCCUGCAAUUUUCGUUCCCUGGCGUUUCCAUCGGAUUCCAUUCGCGGUCCCGCUCCGGCUCGUCCGGUCCAAUUGAAUGCGGGAAGAAAUGGCAGAUGGAAUUUCGACGAGAGACUUGAAAACCGUUCUGGCCGUUCCAAGAAUUUAAUCGUUCCCCGGCGUCAUAUUAACCAGGCCAUCUGUGAGAAUGACUGGUAUAACAGCUGCGAGUGAUAGCAGACGCGACUGGUCAGACGCGCUCCCGAUCUCUCGAUCUCACGGUAUAGCAAUGAGAGUCGGAGCUGAUAAAUUAACCGAGCCAAGCAUUUGUAUGUCAAUACAUGAUUCUAUAACAAAUUUUCAAACUCUUCGUUUCACAAUGAUAAUUCCAAAUGGCUUGAACGGAAAGUUCACUGUGCGACGUGUUAGGGAA